CACAUGAGGGAGGCGUGUCUCUCGUAUCUGUUGCCCCGCCCCGUUUCCUCACACAGGUUAUACUGAAUAAUACAGGAGCUCUGGGUUCUCUGACGCUCAGAUUUGAGGAAAACACAGAAACUAUGGAAUAAGAUGGUCUUUGAAACAAUACAGAUGACUGACAGGACAUGGCGUUACUCUGUCGUCAUGGCGAUGGUCUCUUUAGCCUGGCUCCUCCCACUCAUCGCUACUGCCACGCCCUUCCCCAGCGAUCUGCAGCCAAUCAGUGUGCUGCGUCUGGAAGACUCGCACCGGUAUCCCAGUUUUCAGGGUCUGAUGUUUAAUAAUGGCACGGAGCGUCUGGGUCUGGACUAUCAGCGGAUGAUCCGGAUCCAGCAUAUGCUGUACAUCGCUGCCAGAGACCAUGUAUUUGUUGUGAAUCUCACUUCUGCAGUCGAUAAAAUCAUCCCACAGCAGAUACUGACGUGGAGGUCUACAGACGUGUCAAAGUGCGCCGUGAGAGGAAGAAACAGCGUAAGUAUCUCCAUCCGAGCAGAGCGGAUAUCAGAUGAAGAGCGUCUGAUACGACACGCAAGUUUUGAAAUUGAAAUGAGAAUAGUUGGAAAUUAUGAAAUUAUGGAACUAUGUGGUCAUUUCUAUUCGGCCACAGUGACGGACUUCCAGGCGAGUGACGCUGUGAUCUACAGGAGUUUGGGUGGAGAGGGGCGACCCGUCCUGCGGACCGUCAAAUACGACUCCAAAUGGCUCAGAGUGUCAGGUGGUCAUUUCUAUUCGGCCACAGUGACGGACUUCCAGGCGAGUGACGCUGUGAUCUACAAGAGUUUGGGUGGAGAGGGGCGACCCGUCCUGCGGACCGUCAAAUACGACUCCAAAUGGCUCAGAGAGCCUCACUUCCUGCAUGCUGUCGAAUACGGCAACUACGUGUAUUUCUUCUUCAGUGAGAUCGCAGUGGAGCACACCGGCGCUGGGAAGGUGGUGUAUUCGCGCGUGGCACGUGUGUGUAAGAACGACAGCGGCGGCUCCACUCGGGUGUUGGAUCGCCACUGGACGUCGUUUCUGAAGGCGCGCCUGAACUGCUCGGUUCCUGGAGACACGUUCUUCUACUUCGAUGUGCUGCAGUCGCUCACCAACGUGCUGCAGAUCAACCAGCGACCCGCUGUGGUGGGAGUCUUCACCACACAGAUCAACAGCAUUCCCGGCUCAGCGGUGUGCGGGUUUUAUUUGGAUGACAUUGAGCGAGUGUUUAAUGGGAAGUUUAAGGAGCAGAAGAACAGUGAUUCGAUGUGGACGCCGGUGCCUGAGGAACACGUGCCCAAACCACGUCCAGGUUCAUGUGCAGGUGAAGGUUCAGCGUCCUCCUACUCAUCUUCUGUUCAGUUUCCAGACUCUGUGCUUUCAUUUAUUAAGACGCAUCCGCUGAUGGACGAGUCUGUGCCGUCAAUCAACAGCCAACCGCACACACACACACACAUACACACACACACACACGUUUGUGUGACUCUGCAUCAUACUGAUGUGUUUGUACUGUGCAGGUAUAAGCUGACUCAGAUUGUAGUGGACACGGCGGCUGGGCCUCAUAAGAACCGCAGCGUUGUAUUUCUGGGCUCUGAAGACGGACGGGUCCUGAAGAUCCUGACAGGCACUCAAGCCAACAGCUCACGCAGCUCCAGACUGCUGGAGGACCUCCACGUCUUCAGCCCCACACAGUGUACUGGAGAGCGCACUGUGUUGGGUCUGGAGCUGGAUAAGGAGCAUCACGCUCUGUUUGUGGCGUUUUCCAGCUGCAUUAUCAGAGUUCCUCUCAGCCGCUGCGCUCGACACACCACCUGCAAGAGAUGCUGUCUCCACACGCAUGACCCAUACUGCAUCUGGCUGCGGACAGGACGCUGUGCUGACGUGGCUCCAGGGUUCAAGGCGGGGUUUGAGCAGGACAUUGACGGUGACCAGUCACAUUCAUUUGACACAUGCACAGAUGUGAUGUCAGCAGCAGGUAGUGAUGUGAACUCAGCUGUGGAUUCAGCCUCUGGUGUGAAGCAGCUCCCUGACGCGCCGGGUCACUACACUCUUCUGGGCUCGUGUGUGUUGGUGGCGUUCGUGUUGGGCGCCGUCGUGUCAGGUUUGCUGGUGUCCUGUUACUGCGGUCAGAGAUCCCACCAAUCACAGGAGCCCGAGGCGUCGCUCUCGCUCAACAGCCUCACAGACACCAAACCAGAAAAGAACAACCUCCCAUCCUCUCAGACCUACAGCUCCGUUAAACCACACGCGACUGAGGAGGAGGAGCUCGUCUCGAACCUGCCCACUCCUGAUUCGACCCCGGAGCUGCCAAUCAAGAACUUAAAGGCUCUAAACAGCCAAUGGGAGAGAAGCCACACCCACAGCUUCACCCUGCAGGUGUUUCCCACCAAUCAGACGCGUCCCAGCAAACACACGCCCUCAGAGAGCCACGAUGAGGAUGCGUUUACACACAUGCAGAAUCUUGAUCUUGUGAGUUCAUCCUUGCACAUGCCAACAUCGUAUUACAGCUGCCUAAAAGACAUGCCUGAAACCUCAGCGUUUCCGCUACAAACGCUUUCUGAGCGGCCAGACUGCAGCAUAAGCUCCUCACAGCACCACAUGCUUAUAAAGAUGCUCACAAACACCCGCCAGCACAGCUUCAACCAGAAAUCAGCGCAACCGGGAAACAUCUACGAGAUACACAGGCCUUUAAUCGCAGACGGCUCGUGUCUGACGCGACAGCACAGCUACAGCGAGCCUCCGCUGCUCCAGCGGGCAGCUAUCAUCAGACGCACAGAGUCGCUCAAACCACAGAUCCCACCCAAACCCACAAACAUACCCCCCAAAACACUACACCUGCCCUCGCACGCCAAACACAGCUACUGAGACACCACCAGCACACCAAAGGUCAGAGGUCAAAGACACGGCAGGUUUGGAAUUUAAUACUAGCAUACUGAUCACUGCACAGUGUAUACUGUAUAUAGCACUUUAUACUAUUAUGUUGCAUGUUUAAUUCAGCAUUUGAGGUCCAGUUGACUUUCAAAUAAAAAGGUUAUUUUGCAUUUCUAAUGCGAUUUUGUUUCCCUUGACAAAAAUCUAAAAAAAAAAAAAAAAACUAAUUUUUUCCAUUGGCUUCUGUACUAUUUCAGAAAAUAAGCUCUUGUGACCAACAAAAUCCUUAGCAUACUGAUUACAUUGGGUAUAUGGGAAACAUGUUUAAUUCAGCAUUCGACGUCUAAGUAUCGUUCAAAAAACAAACAAAUGCUAUUUUACAAUUUUAAAACUAUUUCUGUUCCCUCGACCAAAAAGCUCAACAAAUAGGAUUUUCCAUUGCCUUUUAGAUUA